AUGCGGUUAUCAUAUCCGGAUGGUCUAACGCCAGAUAUUGAGAUGGCUGAGGGUGGCACGAUGCUGGAGAACAAAACGUAGGUUGUUACUUCAUAAAGUCAAAUAUUAUAAUUUUUAGGAAAUUUGCUGACUUAAAGGUCAUGCUGGACAAUAACAAAGAGACCGUGAAGAUGGAAGCAAUGAAAAGAAUAAUAAAUGUAAAAAAACUUAAUUUUUAAACAAUGUUUUAGAUGGUAGCCAAAGGAAAGGACGCUUCUGAGUUGUUUCCUGCCGUGGUUAAAAAUGUGGCAGUCAAGCAUUUGGAGGUAUGUUCUCGAUCUUUUUACUAACCGUUCCCGAUUUCAGCUCAAGAAGUUGGUGUAUGUAUAUCUUGUUCGCUACGCCGAAGAACAACAAGAUCUUGCCCUAUUGUCAAUAAGCACUUUCCAACGUGCAUUGAAGGUAUGUGUCGCAGUGUAGAAGCUUUAUAUUUAAAAGUCAGGAUCCAAAUCAGUUAAUAAGAGCAAGUGCCCUGAGGGUAUUAUCCUCGAUUCGUGUUCAAAUGAUCGCUCCCGUUAUGUUGUUGGCUAUAAAGGAUUCGGUUAGGGACAUGAGUGCCUAUGUGAGAAAGGUGGCCGCUCACGCCAUUCCCAAACUUUAUUCGUUGGACCCUGAUCUACAAGAGCCAUUGAUUGAGAGCAUCGACUUUUUAUUGGGUAAGGAAGUGAAUAUUAAGGUUAAAGCGUUUAGGAGAUAAGCGGACUCUUGUUCUUGGAAGCGCGGUUCAUGCAUUUGAGCAGACUUGUCCUGAUCGUUUGGAUCUUCUCCAUAAACAUUACCGUUCGUUAUGCCAGGCUCUUGUGGAUGUGGAUGAAUGGGGACAAGUGGUUAUGAUUGGCUUGCUUACGAGAUAUGCUAGAACUCAGUUUACAAAGCCGGAAGAAGGCGAAAAGAGGCUCGACCCGGAUUAUGCUUUGUUGAUUUCAUCCGUCAGAAGUCUUUUGCAAAGUCGGAAUUGUGCUGUUGUUAUGGCUGUUGCCCAAUUGUACUUCUAUACUGCUCCGAGAACUCAAUUGUCGUUGAUUCCUCGCGCCUUAAUCCGACUUUUGAGGGGGCCCAACGAGGUACAAUAUGUUGUUUUAGUCAAUAUCGCUACCAUCUGUGCAGCGAGGGAGGACGAAGAAGAAUCUCUUUUCUUUACGAUCAAGGUAUGUUACUUAGCCAAAGAUUACCUCUCUUUAGGGGAUGUUCGAGCCAUAUCUCAAAAGUUUUUUUAUUCAAAGUUCGGAUUCCAAGUUGAUAAAGCAAUUAAAACUUCAAAUAUUGACAUGUUUGGUGACCGAAACAAACGUACAGAUAGUCGUCAAAGAACUACAAGUAAGUAAAGUUUGCGCUUAAGUUUAUUGCUAGGCGUAUCUCCAAAUGAACGAAUUGGCUGGAUUGGCAAUAGAAGCAAUUGGAAGAUGCGCUUUGAAGGUUCAUUCAGCUGAAGGAAGCUGCCUCUCUUUGCUGGUCAACAUGAUUUCAAGUCAAAAGGAGAACAUUGUUUGUUCUUCUGUGGUGGUGCUAAAAAGAUUAUUGCACACUGAAGCUUCUGAAUCGCUCUUGAAAAGGGUGGUUAAAUUGAUUCCUAGUAUAAAGAAUUCUGCUGCCAAAGCUUGCGUGGUCUGGUUGGUCUGUACCCACAUAGAUAAGGUAAGUGGAGAUAGGUUUCAAAACUUUUUUUGUAGAUGGCCUCAAUGGCUCCAGAUGUGUUGAGAAUAAUAGCCAAAAACUUUUGCGACGAGUCUGACGAAGUGAAGUUGCAAGCAUUAAAUCUGGCCGUCCGUCUUUGGGCCAACGACAGACAACGCUGUGAAUUACUGAUCAAAUAUGUGCUUCAAUUGGCACGUUACGAUAGGUCAUACGAUAUCAGAGAUAGAUGCAGAUUCAUCAGAAAUUGCAUUUUCCGGAAUGGCGUUUUCCCGAUUGAAUGUUUCCUUCAGAACAAGCCAGCGCCAUCCAUGCACAGUCAGUUUGGAGAUCGAGAACAUUAUCAGCUGGGAACUUUGUCUCAUCUGUUAAAUCAGAAAUGUGUGGAUUACUCUGACCUCCCCGAGUUCCCAGAGGUUGCUCCAGAUCCAACAAUCCGACGAACGGCCAGGCCUUUGCCAGCUGAAAUGACGAAUGCUACUCUCAAAGAACAAGGACUAAGUGAGUACAGUGAAAGUGAAGAAGAUGAUGAUGAAGAUAGUGAAAGUAAAGAAGAAAGUAAUGAGGAAAGCAAUGUAGAUGCGGAGGAUGAGGAGGAAGAAGCGGAUGACGAGGAAGAAGAAGAUUCAGAGGAAGAAGAAGAUUCAGAAGAUGAGUCAGAGGAGCAAUAUUGCGUAGAGGAGGCUCCAGUAAUUACAAACAGCAAGCUUGGGAAACAAUUUUCCAAGGAUAACCCUUCUAAUGACAUGGAUCUGUUGUUGGAUCUGAACUUUGAGACUUCAAUCCACACGUCUCAAUACUCAAGAGUUUCAUCAAAACAAUCCGAUGACUAUACAUUAGCUCUUGAUCCGACAUUCUCGGCCGGUAUAGGCGUUAAAACUUGCUUCAAUCGGGUUCUGUCAGUAACUAGUAGCUCGAUGGUAAACAAUCAAUGGAUCAUUUGGCUAAACUCAGAGGACAUAAAGAAAGCGGACAUUUGUUUCGUUUUUGAUAAAGUGGGUUCUGAUUUGUUCAAUAUUGCGUUUGAUGCUAAUUUUGGUUUUUCAGGAGUCAUCAGAAGGAGUUAAAUGCAGCGGCGAUAUAAACAUAUUUGGAUUGUCGUCGGGAGAGGAGAGAACAGUUUGUGUGGGUAUCGACUUUGAUGAUCAUUGCCGAAGAGCCGUUUGGACGGCUAGAUUUGAGGCAAAACUUUUGAAAGUUGAGGUUGUUCCGACCCCGUUGGAUCUUGUAGAAGCUAUAGAAAUUAAUGUAAACCAGUUCGAAUUAGAAAGAAAAAGGUUGUCGGGACUGCACGAGAUUGAGAAGUCGUUCUCAUCAGGCUUUGAAGUGGACAUCAACAAGUUAUUGUCCCUGGUCGCAACCAAACAAGUGGAAGGAAUUCCGGUACGUCUCAAUUUGUCGUUUCCUUACUUUUUACUUUUAAGCUUUCAUUUGCUUCACAGACCGUCACGAGAAAGACCAUUGUUCUUUUCUCAUUGCAGCAAAGGGAUUGUUGGACAUUGGUUGUGAACUGUGAGAACUCAACUUUUUGUUCAACCUUUGCUCACACUUUGUGGGAAAAAUGCAAAGCAUAA